GACUGGGGCAAACUUUUCCGCCGGCUCUGCGUCCGCCGCUCCCCGCGCCUCGUCUCCUUUCCGCUCCUCGCCCGGCGGCCGCCGCUGCCCGCGAUGGUCACAGGGCUGCUGGGCGGCGGCGGCGGGGCCCGCAGGGGAACCGUGCCGGGCGCCUGGCUGUGCCUGAUGGCGCUGCUGCAGCUGCUGGGCUCGGCGCCGCGGGGCUCGGGGCUGGCGCACGGCCGCCGCCUCAUCUGCUGGCAGGCGCUGCUGCAGUGCCAGGGGGAGCCGGAGUGCAGCUACGCCUACAACCAGUACGCCGAGGCGUGCGCGCCGGUGCUGGCGCAGCGCGGCGGGAGCGACGUGCCGGGGGCCGCCGCCGCAGCUGCCGCCUUCCCGGCCUCGGCCGCCUCCUUCUCUUCGCGCUGGCGCUGCCCGAGCCACUGCAUCUCGGCCCUCAUUCAGCUCAACCACACGCGUCGCGGGCCCGCCUUGGAGGAUUGUGACUGUGCGCAGGACGAGAACUGCAAGUCUACCAAGCGCGCCAUUGAGCCGUGCCUGCCCCGGACGAGCGGCGGCGGCGCAGGCGGCCCCGGCGCGGGUGCGGGCGGGGUUUUGGGCUGCACCGAGGCCCGGAGGCGCUGUGACCGCGACAGCCGCUGCAACCUGGCGCUUAGCCGCUACCUGACCUACUGCGGCAAGCUCUUCAACGGGCUGCGCUGCACCGACGAGUGCCGCACAGUCAUCGAGGACAUGCUGGCCAUGCCCAAGGCGGCACUGCUCAACGACUGCGUGUGCGACGGCCUGGAACGGCCCAUCUGCGAGUCGGUCAAGGAAAACAUGGCCCGCCUGUGCUUCGGCGCCGAACUGGGCAAUGGCCCGGGCAGCAGCGGCUCGGACGGGGGCCUGGACGACUACUACGACGAGGAGUACGACGACGAGCAGCGCACCGGGGGCACGGGCGGCGAGCAGCCGCUGGACGACGAUGACGGGGUCCCGCACCCGCCGCGCCCGGGCGGCGGCGCUGCUGCGGCAGGCGGCCGCGGGGACUUGCCCUACGGGCCCGGGCGCAGGAGCAGCGGCGGCGGCGGCUGCCGCUCGGCACCCCGAAGCGCCUGGACCCUGUUCGCCUCCAUCUUGCUGCUCCCGCUGCUCUUUUAG